UUUUAUUUUAAAGGCGAGCGCCCGUACCGGUGCGAGUGGCCCGGCUGUGAGGCCAGUUAUUAUAUGCCAUCGAAACUAAAUAGACAUAAAUUAGCACACAAUGGCAUCAAGAAGUACCAGUGCUCGUGGCCUGACUGUCAUAUGAAGUACAGCACAAGUCAUAACUUAAAACUACAUCUAAUGGCUCACAGGAAUGAGAGACCCUUUGUCUGUGUAUUUCCUAACUGUGAGCGACGUUUCACCGAUAAGUCACAAAUGAGACGCCACUCAAAGAAAGUGCACAAAACCGCGUCAAAUACCGGCUCAUAA